CGACCAGUUGAAUGUUGCCACUAUGUGUGGUCAUGUGACUGAGCUGGGCUCCUCCACAUCACAUGGGAUCUCUGUUCAUCCUACUGGCUUGCCGUUGUCGCUCUGUUGCUCUGUUUUCACCAUGAGAGGAUCUGUCAGGUGCGUGACCUCAGUGCCCUCAUACUGGCAUCGUUGUUGUGCCGCGUGAGCGCCCCCUCUCCUCCGGCAGUUACUGCACGGAAUGGCCUCUCUGGACCUGCCAUACCGCUGUCCUCGCUGCGGGGAGCACAAGCGCUUCCGAAGCCUGUCGUCCUUACGUGCCCACCUGGAGUACAACCACACGUACGAAACCCUCUACGUCCUCUCCAAAUCCAACAGUGUUUGUGACGCUGCUGCUCUGCUGCCACUAGUCGCUGAGGGAGCUCUCCUCGCACCUGCCAACAACAACGACCCUUUUGAGCCGCUGCGGCCUUCAGCUUUAAAGGAGCGCCGCUUCCCUUGUCGCGAGCUUCCUUGUGCGGACGACCUUAGUUUGACGCCGGCUAACUCCAACACAGCAGCCCGGUAUAUUCCCAAUGUGGAGUUUCCUCUGGGGGAGAUUUUCAUGAAGAAAGCCAUGACAUCUGCAGACCCUGGUCCACAUGGAAACCCCAGCACAGCUGUAGCAGUUGCAGCUAAUGUAGCGGCCAGUGCGGUGGAGGCGGCCUAUGAGGAGGGCCUGGCCAGGCUGAAGGCUCGGGCGUUUGAACGGCUGGAGCUGGAUGAAAGGCUGGAGAAGCUGUCUGAAGAGGUGGAGCAGAAAAUAGCGGCCCGUGUAGGUCGUCUUCAGGCAGAGCUGGAGAGGAAGAGCUCGGAGCUGGAGCGGGCCAAACAGGAGAGCGAUCGGCUGAGCCAGGAGAAACAGGACCUGGAGGACAAGGCCUCUGAGCUCUCUCGGCAGGUGGACGUCUCUGUGGAAAUGCUAGCCAACCUCAAACAGGACCUGGUGAACAAGGAGCAGGAGCUCAGUCACAAACAACAGGAAGUCGCCCAGAUUGACCAAUUCCUUCAAGAGACGGCGGCACGUGAAGCCAAUGCAAAGGUGCGGCUGCAGCAGUUCAUCGAGGAGCUGCUAGACCGAGCAGACCGCGCUGAAAAACAGCUCCAGAUCAUCAGCAGCUGUGGCACCACGCCGAACGGCAGCCUGGGACGCUGCAGCCUGCAGGCCACAAAGGGCAAUGGACGCCAGAGAAACUCCAGCCUCUCUGGGAGCACAAGAGGCAUGUACCAAGUGUCAGAGCGGCGUUCGUCCCCCAGCACAGGAGCAUCAGGGCGGAUCAAGUCCGUCUCACAGGGCUCUGGAGGUUAUGACAGUGACAGCGUGGAAAUGCAUCCCAUGGAGGACUGUCCUGAGGCUCAGUACUAUCACAUGCAGUGCCGGCUGGGUGAGGGGGGUUACGAGCGCUCCCCUGGAUGCGGUGGCGGUGGAUCGAGAAACUGGGGUCUUCGUAAACAGGCUAUCCAGAACUGGCAGCGCCGACCGUACAGGAACAGCACUGAAGGCGAAGAAGGAGACGUAUCAGACGUGGGCUCCCGAACCACUGAGUCUGAGGUGGAAUGGGAACAAGAGAGGAGAGCUGUGGCUGAAGUCCAGCAGUCGGCGCCUCCCUAUCCUCACCACAGCAGGGCAGGAUAUCGCCCUAACACAGGUCGGUCCGAUGGGGUGUACAAUAAGUCAUGCCGCCAUGAAAAGAGCCCAUCUAAAUCCAACGAAGUGAUCAGUCCAGAGAUUCUGAAGAUGCGUGCGGCUCUCUUCUGUAUCUUCACCUACCUGGAUACUAAAACCCUGCUGAGAACCGCUGAGGUCUGCCGUGACUGGAAGUUUGUGGCUCGUCACCCAGCCGUGUGGACCAGAGUGCUGCUAGAGAACGCUCGCAUUUCUUCCAAGUUCCUGAGCACACUGUCUCAGUGGUGCACUCAGACGCACUCCCUCAUCCUGCAAAACCUCAAACCAAGACAGCGGGGCAAGAAGGAAACCAAGGAGGAAUACCUGAAAAGCACACGUGGCUGUCUGGAGGAAGGUCUGGAGGCGUUGUUAAAGGCCACAGGAAGUAACCUGCUGAUACUGAAGAUUUCACACUGCCCCAACCUGCUGACCGAUCGCUCCCUCUGGCUGGCCAGCUGCUAUUGCAGAGCUCUGCAGGCUGUAACCUACAGAAGUGCCACAGAUCCGGUUGGCCAGGAGGUGAUUUGGGCCCUGGGAGCAGGUUGUAGAGACAUUAUCUCCCUACAGGUGGCGCCACUACACCCAUGCCAACAACCGGCUCGUUUCAGUAACCGAUGCCUGCAGACAAUUGGAAGAUGUUGGCCACACCUCCGUGCUCUUGGUGUGGGCGGAGCUGGAUGUGGCAUUCAGGGGCUGGCCUCUCUAGCGAGGAACUGCAUGCGCCUGCAGGUACUGGAGUUGGAUCAUGUUAGUGAGAUCAACCAGGAGGUGGCAGCAGAGGUCUGCAGAGAGGGCUUGAAAGGUCUGGAGAUGCUGGUGCUCACCUCCACCCCAGUCACCCCAAAAGCCCUGCUGCACUUCAACAGUGUGUGCCGUAACCUGAAGUCCAUCGUGGUUCAGAUUGGUAUAGAAGACUACUUCGAGGACCCCAACAGCCCUGAAGCGAGGAAAUUAUUUGAUGAGAUGGUUAACAAACUGCAGGCUCUGAAGAAAAGACCCGGCUUCUCCAAAAUCCUUCACGUGAAAGCAGACAGUCUCUGCUAACAUCUUUUGUGCAGAAUCUUCAAGUCUUUGAGAGGCGCCAUCUUGGCUCCAGUCAAUCAAAAAGACCCAGCCGUUUUAAAGCCGCUCCACGGGGUUGAAUACGUCUGCAGCACUGACAGAAACAACAGAAGAUCGCCAUGAUGAACCAGGACCGAGGCUCAAUGUCCAUACUCCACUAGUACAAACUUCAAACAGAAAAAAAAAAUCUCUGUCACUACUUCAGUAAGGUGAAACCAGUAUCUCCUUCAUGUUGGUUAUGACUGAAAACCAGUCAGGCAUGACAUCACUUGAAGGGCUUGUCUGAAACCUUACAGACUCAAAUAACGCAACAAAGCUGUCAGAUUCCUUUUUCUCAGUCGUCUUCUGCUUUCACCAUGAAGAUGGUGAAAAGAAAAGAUCCCUCUUGUAACGCCUGGAGCCAGGUGACAGCGCUGUAUUUAACUGUCUGCAUCUACGCAAUGCUUGACAUAAACUACCUUCAACACCAUCAGCUCGUUGGAAGGAGCACAUUAUGAGGCGUUCAUACUUUUCAGAGAAGUACAUAAAACGGUGGCAGGAGCAAGAAAUUAUAGAGAAACUGAUUUCCUCAAGAGAUCUUGAGCUCUCAAGGUAAAGAGUCUUGAGAAAGGAGCUUUAUGUUUGUGUGCGUGAUCCGAAUAAAUGCUUUUCCGCCCAGGACAGAGACAAGCUGCACCAGCUCCAGGCACAGCGGAGAGAGCAAGGACAGCCUCCCUAUUACACACUUGACAGUCUUCUUAGCCAAUUGCAUGGCAGCAAUGCAUUUCCCUUCUUCUACCAUCCUCUCUGCUUCCCCAUGUGAACAUCGUCGUGUCACAAACCUGGACUCUAGUGUUUUUUGACAGUUGUAGAAACUCUGAGAGAGCAGGGCGCGAUGUCUGAUGCUGCUCAGGCUGGAAGGAUGAUCCAUAAUGCAUUUCUCUCAAAAACUAGUGCCAUUUGUAACAGUGUCUGUCCUCAUUCCAGUGAGCGUUUUCUCCAAUGUGCCAUUAAUGAGAGAGGAGGGACCAUGUACAGUGAGGCAGGUGUUUAAUCCCUUCACAUCAUCACUUAUUGGAGUGUAAGCAGCUCUCACUGAGCAUAAGGGUAUUUAAUGUGGAACAUGGUCUGCAGGUGCAUACAGGUGUUACAGUGUUUAUAUAUCAUGUGACUUUCAUACUUCAUACUAAACAGUGCCAUUCCUAUUAAUAGUGCUCAUCGUGGCUGAGGCCCUGAGCAGUCCUUAUCUUCAGCUGACAUCCUCUGGCUCCCUCUGCUGGUUUUUUUCAAGCAGUUAUGCAGCCAGUGGCCAGCUGUUAUGAUGGCAGUUUGCACUCUUUGAAGCACGGAACAUGUAUCACCUUAGCCAUUUUGCAGCGCUCAAAACCAAGGGAUCAGGUCUUCAGUAUCUUUAAAAAUUAGGAAUAUGAUUUGGUGCACUUCAGAGUUUAGCCUUUGUUGGAGAAAUUCUCAAGAAGUAUGCGUAGCAAUAUUGAGGGUUAGUGUCCGCUCCUCUGUGCUGCAGAUAACUUAAAGGGGGGGUUUCAAGAAUUUUUCCCUGUAAAAUCAGUUUAUUAUUCACAAGUAAUACUAGUCAGUCUGGGAAAACUACAGUACAGUGUCUUUUGGCUUUGGGGGAGCUGUGCCAAGUGUGAGCAGCUUGAGAACUACAAAUUAAUAGCACAGAAAGUUGCAUCAGAAGCUGGAGGGCAUGCUGUUUUGGAAAAUGUUUAAAGAUUUGUCUACAAGAAGGUUUAUAUAAAGACUAUUUAUGGGAGUUUUUGGAGUUUGACCCACUCUAGGGACCAAAAGUCAGGAUUUUUCCGCCUUUGCUGCAUUGAUUUUUUUUAAAAAUCAGUCUCUUUUGAGUCCCCGAACAAUAUGAAAGUGCAAUACGAAAUCACAGAAGCUCCUAUUAGAUGCUUACAAUCACUUUACGUUCAAGAUAUUGUGAACAGCAUGUUAAAACAGGUUGACAAAAUGAUUCACACAUCAGGCAGAACAUCGCGUCCUUUCCCUUUGGACACCACAGGUUGCUUAACAAGUUGCUCAUUUUACCUUAGAAACCUCAUCUGUCUCUGUAAGAACAUGCUUGUGGGCAGGGCACACAAUGGAGCAAAGUGACAGUUUGCAGAAAAGCUGAGCAGUUGUUUGUCACAGGGGGUUCAGAGGAGAGCCAAUGUUUUUUCUGCUUUAUCUUCAAUCUUGUGUCUAUGAGGACUUGUGUAGCUGCAUAUUGUAGUGACGGUGUUCCAGGUGAAUGUGUGAGAACAGUUGUGGGUGUCCAGUUAUUCAUGUUCUUCCAGUACUGCAUAUUAUUAUCCUACACUGGUACUGAUUCAUUUGAGGGAAGUCGGUUCGUGGACAAAGGUGUUUGCUGACACAAUAGAGAAAACACAAAGCACUUGUUGAUUUUAAGUUUUAGACAAUCCUGCCUUCGCUAUCAACUUCUCUGUACAUAAUGUUUGUAAAAAAGAAACAAAACAGAAACAAAAACAAGAAAAA